GCGGUCGUUUACCUCCUCCAGCUAACUGAAAAACCUAGCAAAACCUCAGCUGUGAGUCUGUGUCCAACAUGGCUAACGUCUUCCGAAAAUGUCUACUUUCUCCAAUGCAGAAGGGUUACUGUACGACAUCCCCAAUAUUCUCUUCGCUUCCACGACCACCACCGUUCACAAUUCAAUCGAAUGGGUAUGCCUCAGAGUCGGCGCUAUCAUUGUCCAAAAAUCGUCAAACCAACAAAAAGGGAGCUCAGAGAUCGGAAUCUCUUCUCAAUUCGUUGAAAGCUUACGGCUUUAACGAAACCCAUAUAAAAAAAUUGAUCAAAACGAAUGCCAGUGUCCUCCAAUGCAGAGUAGAGACCAACUUCAAGCCCAAACUCGAGUGGUUCAUUGAAAAUGGAUUCACGGGUACGAUUCUCACUGAUCUUAUUUCCUUGAAUCCUUAUAUUAUUACUUGGAGCUUGGACUUUAAAUUAAAGCCAAUAUUCCUACUCUUAAAGCAAUUUCUUGAUACCAAUGAAAAAAUUGUUACUGCUGUUAAGCGAUCAGGCUGUUGGCUAUCUAAUAAUAACACCCUAGAACAAAACAUUCAGUAUUUGAUAAGUGAGGGGGUUCCUGUUAAACGUAUAUCAUAUCUGCUUACUGCUCAACCAAGAGCUAUGUUGCAAAGCCGUUAUAGAAUUGCUUAUGCUGUGAAAACUGUCAAAGACACUGGUCUUGCACCGGAUGCUUUUAGGUUUAUACAUUUGCUUCGAGUGGUGAUUCAAUUGACUGAGUUGAAGUUGAAGAGGAAACUGGAAGUGUUUAAGAGCUUGGGAUGGAGUGAUGAGCAGCUCUUGAAUACUAUUAAGAAUUAUCCUAUUUGCUUGUCUUAUUCGGAGGAGAAUCUGAGGUCUAAAAUGGAAUUUUAUUUGAAUACCAUGAAGUUUGAAAGAGAGGCUGUAAUUGCCAGGCCUGUGUUAAUGACGUUAUCUGUUGAUAAAAGGAUUCGUCCAAGAUAUGAGGUUAUGAAUAUUUUGGGUUCAAAGAAGUUGGUUAAAGAUGGCCUGAAGAUGAUAUGGGUGAUGGAAAUAAGUGAAGAGCGAUUCUUGAAGAUGUAUGUUACAAAGCAUGUUGACAAAGUACCAGGUUGGCGAACUGUUGACUUCAAGAAACCAGGGAUGGCUGCAGAAGAAGUUUUCAAGGAGUGUGAGGCAGAACUGCUCCAUGCUGCUCGCAACCUCCAUUUUCUCCUUGGUUCAUUACACUUUUGCCAGACUGCUUUCCAAGUGAAGAAAUGUCACAUAAAAUUCAGCCUUGGCUAAGGUGGGUGGAGAGUACUGACUGACUUCUUAACCCAAGGUCUGUUCUUGGAAGAUUCCAAUUUGUUGAAACAAUAAGUUUUUGAAUUUUGAUGUGUAGUUUACCAUAUGAGGUUUCUUCUUUUGACAUCUUGAACAUAGUUUUCACAUUGAAGUUAUAGAGCUAAAUUGUCAAUUGAUUUGCGUUGUCUUUUACUUUUUGUUGAUUUAUCUUUUCCAUUUUUAGGUUAACUAAAAUGAUUGUUUGCUC